UUUGGUUUUGCAAGAUGGAGGAGAAUGUUGUGGGGGAGGGUGAGGGCGACUGUAUAAGAGAUGAUUUAACUCCUGUUGCAAAGAAGUCUGGUGUCGAAUUAAUUGAAUCCGGCCCUAGUCGGCUAGACAACACUGCUGAAAAUUACAAGGCAGAUGAAUGUGAGCAUUUUUCGAUCCGUGGAUACGUUGCUGAGGUUCGUAGAAAAGACAUGAAGAUUUGUUGGCCAUUUCCUACUGUUGGUGACCAUAACAAAUUGGAGGAACAAAUGCUUCCUCCUCUACAUGUUCCUCAAUUCAGAUGGUGGCAAUGCCAAAAUUGUCUGAGAAAGACUGAUGCCAAAGAUACUCCAAUUGAAACUGGAGUGGUUAAAAGUUGUUGCAAUAGAGUGUAUGAAACUAAAACUAGUACUUCACCUGGGAUCCUUUCUACUUUGUCUUGUGGUGAUGCACAAAAGUUGAAUUCUAGCUUUCAAGAAUCAUCUGAAGUCAACAUAGUUGAUGCAAGGAAAUCCAGCUCGGAUGUUUCUCUUCCUGUGAAUAAUGAUAAACACUGGCCGGCAUUAUUUGGGAACAAGAAAGAGAAGGGAGCUGAAGUGGUGGACCCAAUCAUGGAAGAUAUUCAUAGAUUGUCUGAUACUGUUGCAGGAGAGAACAUGAACUUGGCAGUUUGUAGGUCAGCCAGUCUAAAGAAAGUUGAUACCUGCCUUGCAGGAGUAAACUUUACAAAAGGAGGCACGUUUAACACCUAUUUUCCAAUUGGCAAGAAGGGAGGUGAUUUAUCUUCCAGUGGAACUGCCAUUGCUACUCCAUUUAAAUCAAAGGGUAAUGAAUUGGUUACGAGUCCCAAUGAAAUCUUUCAAAAGGAAGCUGAAACUCUCAAAUCGAAAGGUGAUGAAUAUGUCAACCGUUCAAAGGAAAUCUUUCAAACAGAAAAGCCUGAGUUUAGCAGGACCAAUUUAUCACAGACCAAUGUAGGAGACAGAGAUGGUGUUACAUCUUCUGUGAUAUCUGAGGUAGAUGAGGCUUCAAAUGCUGUCAUGUGUCAAACAAGAAAACUUCAUUCCCUGGUAUCAAUUGAUAGUUCUUCAGAAGAUGAGAAUUUAGCUGGAGAAGAUUUUCAAGAUCAACAUCAUGUAAGUCGGCGGGGUAAUUCAGGUGGCACGUCCCGUGGGAGCAAACCAAGAAAGGUGUGUUCACUGACUGAUAUAAUAAGAAGAGAGAUGCUAGCAACAUCCAGUGAGCUUCAUUACACUGAAAGAGAUACAAAAACUGAUCACAAGAAGACAGAAGUUUCUCAAUCAAAGGCAACACCAGAAGCAUCCCCUGGGAUGAGUGUAUAUCCCAUUACCAACAAUCAAGUGGCUUUCCAAGGAACUGAUAAAAAAGUUAUGCUCGGUAAGAAAAAGAAAUGCAAGCUGUCACGAGAUAAAGAUGAGGGAUCUUCCAGAAUGAGUUGGCAAAGAGGAGCAACUGAAAACAUUAACAUCCUUAAGGAAGAUUCCGAGACCAUAAGCAUGGAUGCUAUAAAUGCUAAUGGUGAACUAACAGGAGAUGCGUCUUUCCUGCCAGAUUUAUAUUUAGGUUCCAAAAUUUCCUUGGGCAAACAUGGAAAUGAUAAAAAAUUGAUCCUGGAUAGGGAGAAAAAGGAGAUGUCUCAGGUUGAAGGUAGUUUGUCUUCCUUGGCACAUCAUCAGGAUGGUAUUUCUAGUAAAGUUGAGAUUAGGAAAGAUGCAGAAAUCAAGUGUGCGGGGUCUGAACUUAUUCCCAUUAAAUGUUUUGAUGAAGCAGUUGCAGGAACAGAUCUAAAUCCGGGUGCCCAAAUUUAUGUGGCUGCGCAACAAAAAACAAAAAAUCUUGCCCUUGAUGAGAAGAAAAAUAAGGUACCUCAGGUUGAAGGUGAGAAGUCCUCCGUAAUGCUUGGGCGAGAAGGCAUGUCACGCAAAGAUCUGAUUCUAAAGAGAUACCUGGACAGGAAGCACAAGGUUGCUCCAUCUGAUAGUUUGAAUUCUGUUCGAGAUCCAUUUACUGGAAGAGGAGUACAUCGUGGUCUGAAACGUCAUAUGCAGACCCAUAGAAAGGCUACUCUGUAUAAGAGGCAAAAGAACUUGCCUCAAGUAAUUGAAUGUAGGGCCACCGUCCCAGGAUCUGAAAGUGUUAGUUCUCCUCUCAUUUGCCAGCCUAAGGAUUCCUCUAAUGCGUGCAAUUAUGAGAAUGCUGCUGAUGUUAAAGAGCCAUCUAAACUUUCAAUGGAUCAAUGUGAGAACAUGGCCAAUAAGAUGUGUGAAUGGGAAGCUUCAGAUGAUAUACCCAUGGAAAUUGUAGAACUCAUGGCCAGAAAUCAGUAUGAGAGGCAUCAUGAUUAUGCCAAAGAAGCUACAGAGAACAGGUCCUGCUUGCCAGAGACAACUGAGAAAGAUAAGGAUACUGAGCUAAUGGAUUGCACUGAAGCAUUUGGGAAUGAGAUGUUGAGAUUACCGCACAAGAAGUCUAACUUGCAAACAUCCCUGUCCAGCAAUGCAAAAAAUGACAUUGAUUUAGGUCCAAGUGGGGGACUCACCAAACAAAACUCAGAUGCUUGCCUUUCUACUGUUGAUGGAGAAUACUGCAGCAUCAAUUUCAGUAGAAGUCAACUGGAACAAGCUCAGGCCUCUAGUGGAUUUAAAGAAUUUCCAGAGCGCCAAGGAAAGAUACCAAGUCAAGUCUCAUAUCCUGUCAUUGGUUCAAGAAGAAGAUGUGGUACUGAAAAUUGUAGUUGGGAUGGAGAUAUUGUGGGGCAAAGCUGCUUAAGUUCCUCUGUUCAGUCCUUGGGCGCAUAUCAUAAUUCUCAGGCAAUUUUGCAACAACAUUCCAUUGUGGAAUCCCAAUCCGUUUGGUCCACAGUGCCGUCUCGAAUGCCUUUUGAAUCGAAUAGCCCUCACAAAUUCGUUACUGAAGUGAGCAUUUCAAACAGGCUAUCGCAAUCUCCCGGUCCAUUGCCUGAGGGAAAUGUGAACUUGGAUCAUACACUGAAAUCUUUGAAUCUAAAAGCUAGCCAUCUUCAAAAGAAAAAAGGAAGUUCUGAGAUGGAGACAUACAGGGAGGCGCAUUCAGAACAUCUGUUUGCUUGCACAGAUGAGGGAAAUGACUAUCAUCCAAAAAUGAGAGGGUCAUUAGAUUUAUAUAAUAAUGAGACGUUACCAGCUAUGCAUUUGCUCAGACUCAUGCAUGCAGGGGUGUGCUCAAGUACUCCUGUAAAUAUGAAUAAGAAUCGAGAGAGCUUCCUUAAAGAUCCUCCAUAUGCCCAUGAUCAGAUUAUCAAUAAAUUGCCAGGGCCAGAGGCUAGUGUAUCAAAGAGCAAUGGGGCCUUGGGGAACUUAUCUUCAUGUGAUUACCAUAGUAGAAGUCACCAUCUGGGCAAAUCCUGUGAACAUUUUCCUCCAGUUUCUAUUGCCAAAGCUGUUGAUUCUCUUGCACAGAGGGAUGUUAGUUUUGGAAGGGCCACUGUGUUUACACAUGGUCUAGGCAAAUCCUCUGAACAUUUUCCUCCAGUUUCCAUUGCCAAAGCUGUUGAUUCUCUUGCACAGAAUGAUGUUAGUUUUGAAAGGGCCACUGUGUUUACAAAUGGUUUAUUGGGUAAAGCAUUGCCUGGUGCCUUAAAAUAUCAAGACAGAGGAGACGAGAAAAGAUCCUACUCAACUGCACGAACUCAAGGCCCCAAAUUACACAUGUCUGCCAGCAGAAAUAGUCGUACAAAUGAAAAUCAUGAAUACAUGAUCCACAAUCCACAGAAAGAGUGUCUGCUUCUCCCAGCUUCAGAUUCUCGACAAUUUCCUGAACGAUCUCAGACAGCGGGAGGUUUAACCAAACAUGUUGAAUUGAAGGUUGAUAGAAAACAUGAAACAGUCUCUUCUGUGGAAAGAAUAGGCGGGAUUCUGAGCUGCACACUAAACAGGAAUCCAGCCGACUUUACUGUACCAGAAAAUGCAAAUAUUUACAUGAUUGGAGCUGGACACCUGAAAAGGAAGCUUAUUAAUAUUGAUUUGAACAAGCGACCGAAGAAAAUGAAACAUUUAUAGAGCAUGGACAGAUUUAAUCUCUUUAGAACACUCAGCAGGAAGUCAAUAGAAUUACCACCAUGCGUUUUCCAUUGACCAGGUGAGUAAUUGCAUCUAUUUAACCAACUCCAAUUGAGGCACAAGCAUAUGGA